AUGGCCCAAACUGAGUCGGCUCAGGUCCUGGAAGCCUACAAGGAGGUGGUUGCAGCCUCCGCCAAGGGGCAACAGGAUCUCCUGGCCCCGGAUCAUGGAAGCCUCUACCAGAACGUCAUGCGAGAGAGCUACAAGACGCUCCUCUCUCUGGCCCCUCCCCUUCAACUCCAAGCAGAAUUUCCAUUCCAAAAAUCUGAACUGCUGGCCCGUCUUGAACAGGGGCAGGAGGCCUGGGCCACAGAACGCCAGAGUUCCAGUGAAGAUGCUGAGGACGAGCCAGAUAAACUGCAGCUGACCAGAUGGUCCGAACCAAAGACCUGGUGGAAUUCCUACCGGAGCCCCGUGAACGUUCCCAGCUCAGAUUCAGCUUCCUCAGAUAACGAAUCGUCAAGUGAGAAAGAGGAGGAUAGAAAUGUUAAACAGGAAAGUCUGAGGAUAACAAAGCCCCGGGCGCCUUUGCUGGGUAAAUGUGAGUUGAAGCAAGAAGGCUGUGAGCCUUGGCAGAGUCAGCAGCUGGGAGAGCCGCAGAGCAGUAUGAGGAUGCCGUUCUGUUGGAGCAGUGAAAAAGACAGAGGGCUCAUUAAGAGCGGAAAGAGGAAGCGGGGAUCAGACCUGGGGAAGAAUCUGUUUGUGUGCCCUCAGUGUGGGAACAGCUUUAAUAGGAAAUCAUCACUUAACCGGCACAUAGCGUCAAUCCACGAUGGAGCGAUACACUAUGAAUGGCCCCCACGUAGGAAAAGUUUCCUUGAAAAACCAAACUGUGGAGCGCGCGCAAGGAGACGGAUGAGAACUUCCCGUUCGGGAAAGGAACCUUACGAAUGCCCCGAGUGUGGGGAAAGCUUCCUGACGAGCGCCUCUUUCACCAAGCAUCGGAGGACUCACGCCAAUGAAACAACUUUCCAGUGUCCUGCGUGUGACAAAAGCUACAUAGAAGAGCGGUAUCUUGUCAAACAUCUGAUGACGGCCCACUCAGGAGCCCAUCUCUCCAUGUGCCCGGACUGUGGGACAGGCUUUCUCGGAGAAGGAGAUCUCAGUAUGCAUCAGGCUAUGAUCCAUGGGGGAGGAGGUUUCCAUCAAUGUCUGGAUUGCGGGAAAUGCUUUCAGGAGAAAUCGUCCCUCAUCAGACAUCAGAUGCUGCACGAAAAGCAAGUUCUCUGUAAGUGCCCGGAGUGUGAGAAGAGCUUUGCAGGUAGCAGAAGCCUGGCCAACCAUUGGCGUGUCCACAAAAAAGAGACACCUCAUAAAUAUCUGGACCAGGAAGGAAGUGACAUGGAAAAAUAUGUUCACAAGUGCCCUGAUUGCGGAAAGCGUUUUAAGGCUGAGAGAUGUUUUGUGAAUCAUCAGAGAAUCCACAGGAAGGAGCAACAAGUUCAGCAGCCUGACAAAGGGGAGCUCUUGAAGGGCGGAGCGCAAAACCGAGAAACCCGUGUAGAAAUGAAGCACAAUGCUGUGAGGUCUGCUUGUGGAAAACCACUUGGGGCCAGCUUAACUCCGCCAAAGGCUGAAAUGGAAGAGACACGCCACAGGUGUCCUGACUGCGGGAAGGUUUUCAGGGACAGUCGGUGUUUUAAUAAUCAUCGGAGCAUGCACAUUAAAGAGGAAACGUCUGACAAUGCCGACGGUGAGGAAACAGUUGAGGAAAGAAAGCCACCCCAUGCUGGCCAACAGGAGGGGAACCUGAAAGGAAAACCCUUUCAGUGUGGUAGCUGCGGGAAAACCUAUGUCACCCAGUAUAACCUCAACAGGCAUCAGCGCCUCCAUACAGGCAGCAGACCCUAUAAAUGCACCAUCUGUGGGAAAACCUUUGCCCACAGAUACACUCUAGCUCUUCAUGAAGGAACCCACACAGAAGGAAAAGCCUGUCCGCACAAAUGUUCUCACUGCGGGAAAGGGUUUGCCACCAAAACAUCCCUCUCGAGGCACCUGCGACUGCACGUGAUGGGCAGGCCUUAUCAAUGUGGCGUCUGCGGGAAAGCCUUCGCCUCCAGGUAUUCUCUCACUCAUCAUCAGGAAAUCCAUGCGCAAGGCCAGGCCCAGAAAUGCCUUUUCUGCUAUAAAGUCUUCAGGACCAGUCAUUCCCUCAACCGACACAAGCGUAUCCACAUGGAGACAAGAUCCUACCAGUGCCCUGUCUGUGGGAAAGCCUUUGGGACAAAAUAUUCCUUCUGUAGACAUCAGGACAUGCAUCUGAAUGGACGUCUAAGUCGGUCUCCCAGCAGUGGGAAAGGUCUAGUUGAUGGCUCAGGCCAGGCAAUAGACCAGGGUAGUGAUACAGAUGAAAACUCCACCAACUGGUCUGACAAUUCAACUCUUUCUGGACACGAGGAAGAAGCCCCCGCUGAAUUCUCCAGAAGUGCGGAUAGCUCCUCGCUUGCUAAAUGCCAGAGUGUCCACAUAGAAGAACAUUCCUCCAGAGGGUUAGACUGUGAGGGAACCUUUAGAGAUAACUCUGGGUCUCUUCAAGAUCAAGCUAGCCAUGCUGCUAUGAAUGUCAACGAAUGGACUGACGCGUCAUUGUGCUCUGGGCAACAGGGAGCCCACAUGAAAGAACCCCCUGCUGAAUUCUUUAAUAGAGCUGACAGAGACAUUCUCACUAAGCACCAGAGCACCCACUUAAAAGAAAAUGCCACUAUAGGUUUAGAUGGUAGGGAAACCUUCAGGGAUCACGCGGUGGUCACCAGAGAUCAAGGUAGCCAUGCAGAAGAAAAGGUCCUCGAAGGGACUUGCCAUUUGGUCUACCCUAGACAAGAGGGAGCCUGUACGGAAGACGGCUUCCCAGAAUCAUCUGAGAAGAGGGAAGGGGUUGCAGCUACUUUAACCCUCACUAAACCUCACAACAUCUCCAGAGGAGUAGAUUCCAUUCCAGGAUUAGACGGAGAUGAACCCUGCAAGGACAGCUCAACCCACUCCAACCUUCAAGGGGUCACUUCAGGCCAACAAAAGCAUAUUUGUUCUAACUGCGGGAAAUCUUGCAGAGACAGAUACUCCCUCGGUAGACAUGAGAGAACCCACACGUCAGAGAGACCGUAUCAGUGCCAACAGUGUGGGAAAUGGUUCCGUGAAACCAAAAACCUUAUCAGGCACCAGUUGACUCAUUCAGACCUCCGUCCCUACCCGUGCACCGAAUGUGGGAAACAUUUCAAAUCUAAGUCAAACCUUUGUAAACACCAGAACGUCCACAAGAAACCUUUUAGCUGCUCUCAAUGUGGCAAAAGAGUCACCACCAGAACAAUUCUUAAGAAUCACCUGAAAACCCACACAGGAGAGAGACCAUUUAAAUGUACUGAGUGUGGCAAAGAUUACAAAACAAAGUCAGCCUUCAACAAGCACAGGGAGGGACAUUUCAAAGAGAACUCGUUGGAGGCCCCCAAAGCAGAUCAGUCCAAUCAGAUUUUUUAAGUCUUGUUUUUCCAUGAUGUAAUGUGACAGUCCCUGAUUGACAAUAUGAUAGUGCUUCAAGACUCAACCUAGGAUGUGUUAGGACAGAAACACUUGCAUAUUCCA